AUGGAAAACGGAACAGACAGCGUGGCUGCCCCUGCCCUUAGUACCUACACCCCAGAGGAGAUGGUACAACAGAUGAAAGAACUAAUCACUGAGAACAAUGAAUUAAAAGAAGCCAUGAAGUUGCAUAACCAAGCUAUGAAGGACCGGUAUGAGGAGCUUUCUGUCUGGCGAGAGAAGCAGAAAGAAGAAAGAGAAUUUUUCGAGUUGAAGUUUAAGGAGGCUAAGCAGUGCUUGCUGGCCAAGUGCAUUGAAAACGAACAGCUACAGCAACAGCUUCAGAGCUUAAAGGAAAAAGAAGAAGGAGCUGCAAUGGAGGGCUGCACGGCUCUCGAGAAGGAAGCAAGUCAGCUGAAGUCCCAGUUGCAGCGGCUCCAGGCUGAGAAGGCAGAUCUUCUGGCUAUCAUUUCAGAACUGCAUAUCAAGCUGAACGUGGCCUCAGCAGAGGAUUCCUUUGUGGAGAUUGCAAUGAAUGAAGGAGAAAUGAAAAGAACUGCAAAGGAGCAUCAAGAGAAUAGCGGUGAAAUGACCAGUAAUGUUGCUGUCUACAUGAGCAAACCUGCAGAUGAAUCUAAGAAUUUGGAGUCUGAAGAGCUAACUGUGAGCCAGCUGCUCUGCUGCCUUAGAAAUGAAACUCAGAAGAGGGAAAAACUUGAGAAGGACCUGCAGGAUCACAAGGAGAGACUGUCAAAGCUGGAGAAGGCAAGCAGCAACUGCCUGGAGAGUGGGACACAAACUGAACAGGAAGAGGAGAGUUCAGAGGCUGUUGGCAGUGAAGUAGAAGCUCUGAAUUUGCAAGUUUGUGCUCUGUUUAAAGAGCUUCAGGAAGCCCAUGAGAAGUUAAAAGAAGCAGAAUUGAUUCAGAAGAAGCUUCAAGAAAAGUGCCAAGUACUGGAAAGAAAGAGCUCGACUGCUGCAGCAGAAUUGGAGGAGAAGCAGCAGCUAAUAUACACCAUCAAGAAGAUGGAACUUCAGGUGGAGAGCAUGCAGGCAGAGGUCAAGCUGGAACAAGCCAAGACACAUGAGGAGAAGGCAAGGUACAGUAGCUUGCAGGAUGCAUAUAGCAAAGUCCUUCCUGAACUCACUGAGGCAAUGAGAACAAUUGAUCAGCUGAAACUCAAAGAGCUGGACAGAGUGGAUAAAGUGGUGGUGGAGCAACUAACUGCAAAGGUGGAGCUGGCAGAACAAGCCCUUGCUGCAAAGCAGCUCCAGAUAGAUGAAAUGAAGCAGAUAAUUGCUAAGCAAGAGGAGGACCUUGAAACCAUGGCUGUGCUCCGUGCUCAGAUGGAGGUUUAUUGUUCUGAUUUCCAUGCUGAGAGGGCAGCAAGAGAGAAGAUCCAUGAGGAGAAGGAGCAGUUGGCUGUCCAGUUGGCAUACCUGCUGAAAGAGCAGCAAAACCUUGAAGAUCUUAGCCGAAACUCUCUGGCAGAGAUGCAGAGUCGUCAUGGAGCCAGGGCACCGGAUCGGGAGCACUCACCUCGCCUUGUCCAAAGAGGAACUGCUAAUCAAGACUGGCCAGAGCAGCGGAAUAUCUCAAUAUAUUCAUGUCCCAAAUGUGAAGAAAUUCUACCUGAUCUGGACACGCUGCAGAUUCACGUUAUGGACUGCAUUAACUGAGUGAUGCCCUCCAGUUCUUCAUCUUGUGAAUUUCACCUGCCAAAUACAUUCUGCUUGAAUAAAGCUCAACUCUACAUCCCAUGAAGGAGGUUUUCAGGGGUUUUCUCAUGAAUUCAAUGGGAAAGGGUAAAAUUCCUACCCUGCUCUUUACUCACUAAUCUUGUUUUAAUCUGCUUUAGGAAAAGAAUUUUUAUAGGUUAACAUGGAUGUGUUAAAGCAGUCCCAGUGUGUCUGCUGCUAUGAAAUC